UUAAAGGUGCUAAUAAUAGUAAUUCAUUACUCUUACAUGGAAGAAAAUGGUAAUUGAAAAAAUAAAAUAAGGAGAAAAAUGGCAUGUAAGGAACCCAACUAACAACCACGGUAAAGUGGUGUGGGCAUGCGCAAAAGCGCUCCACAACCACGGUUCGACCCCCACCUAAUACCAAAAAAACAAAAAAGGAAACCGAAGAAAAACAGUCCUCUGUUUGUGUCUCCUACACACGCUACUUGGAUUUUUCCUUAAAAUUUAAUGUACAUAUAUAUACACACUCAUAUAUACACGUACUUGUGUGCAUAUUUAUGCAAUGUAUACACAAACAAGGUGGAGGAAAAAGAUGAUGGAGCUUCAGCGGCAUUUGGUUGAGAGAGAGGAGGAGACCCAUUCCUCUGUGGGUAAUGAUGACACCUUCGCACAAGCCAGUCUAUGGAGUCGGCUCACGUUUCAAUGGCUGAAUCCACUUUUCAGACAAGGCCGAGUUCGGAAACUCGAGUUCCGCCAUGUUCCUCCGGUUUCCCGGUCAGAAUCUGCCGAAAACGCUUCCUCUUCCCUCGAGGAGUCUCUCUCCCAGCAAAGGUUCGACGAUCUGGCUCUGCCUUUCGCCAUUGCAAGAACCAUUAGCCAUUCUCUCACGCUCAACGCCGUUUUCGCAGUGCUCAACACUGUUGCAUCGUACGUUGGGCCAUUGCUUAUAACGACGUUCGUGAACAUCUUGCACGAGAAACAGACAAUCUCCAGUGACGGUCUGGUUCUUGCCUUUGUCUUCUUCUUCGCCAAGACAGUGGAGUCUCUGUGUCAACGACAAUGGUACUUCGGUGCUCAGAAGAUUGGCGUUAGAGUCAAAGCGGCUCUCACCGUGUUGAUCUACAAGAAAUCCCUCUCCGUCAAAUUCGUGGGUUCGAAAAAUGGAAAGAUCGUAAAUUUGAUCAAUGUGGACGUCGAAAAGGUCGGAGAUUUCUGUCUGCAGAUCCAUGAACUCUGGUUAUUACCAGUUCAGGUGGUUCUAGCUUUGGUGAUCUUGUACAAGAAUCUCGGUUUCGCCCCAUCGUUCGCAGCUCUUGUCUCGACCGUUCUGGUUAUGAUGAGCAACACUCCUAUAGCCAACAGGCAGAAGAGUCUGCACUCAAAGAUCAUGGAAGCAAAGGACUCGAGGAUAAAGACGACUUCCGAGAUUCUGAAGAGCAUGAGGAUUCUGAAACUUAACUCGUGGGAGCCCAAGUUUCUCAAGAAAAUCCUUCAUCUCCGAGAAACCGAGAGAAAAUGGCAGAAACGGUAUCUGUACACGAGCUCAGCCAUUACUUUUCUCUUCUGGGCAUCUCCGACACUUGUGUCCGUGAUCACUUUCGGCGUCUGUUUCGUCUAUAACACUCCUCUGACAUCAGCCACCGUCUUAUCGACUCUUGCAACGUUCAGGAUACUAACGGAGCCUAUAUACAAUCUCCCCGGGCUCAUGUCACUGGUGGCUCAAUCCAAAGUGUCGUUAGAACGGAUUGAAGGGUUUAUCAGAGAGGAGGACCAGAUGAAUAUCGAGUAUUCUCCUCUCGAUUCUUCAAACGCAAUUGACAUCAAGCAAACACAUUUGAGAAGUGUCAUGGGAUCCAUUCAUGUAAUUGGCAAUCCAAGAUCUGAACACAAAAAAAAAACUCACCCUUUUUGAACAACCUCGUU